AGAGCCGCAACCGCCUCGCUGGGGAAGAGGCCCGUCCCGGGCUGGCCCUGAGCGCCGCGCGGCCGUCAGAUCCCGGGGACGCCGGGGGCCCGGGCUGAGCCCGCAGGCCGCGAGGAGGAGCGCCGUAAAUUUGCUGCCAAGACAAGAGGUGUAUUUCUCCAGCAAUGAAUUCCUCGUUUCACCUGCGUUUCUUGGAUCUCAACCUGAAUGCCACAGAGGGCAACCUUUCAGGACCCAAUGUCAAAAACAAGUCUUCGCCCUGUGAAGACAUGGGCAUCGCCGUGGAGGUGUUUCUCACUCUGGGUGUCGUCAGCCUCCUGGAGAACAUCUUGGUUAUAAGGGCCAUAGUGAAGAACAAAAACCUGCACUCCCCCAUGUACUUCUUCGUGUGCAGCCUGGCAGUGGCCGACAUGCUGGUGAGCGUGUCCAACGCCUGGGAGACCAUCACCAUCUACCUGCUCAACAACAAGCACCUAGUGAUAGCAGACGCCUUUGUGCGCCACAUUGACAAUGUGUUUGACUCCAUGAUCUGCAUUUCCGUGGUGGCGUCCAUGUGCAGCUUGCUGGCCAUUGCGGUGGAUAGGUACGUCACCAUCUUCUAUGCCCUGCGCUACCACCACAUCAUGACAGCGAGGCGCUCAGGGGCCAUCAUCGCCGGCAUCUGGGCUUUCUGCACCGGCUGCGGCAUCGUCUUCAUCCUGUGCUCUGAAUCCACCUACGUCAUCCUGUGCCUCAUCUCCUUGUUCUUCACGAUGCUGUUCCUCCUGGUGUCUCUGCACAUACACAUGUUCCUCCUGGCGCGGACUCACGUCAAGCGGAUGGCGGCUCUGCCCGGGGCCAGCUCUGCGCGGCAGAGGACCAGCGUGCAGGGCGCGGUCACCCUCACCAUGCUGCUGGGCGUGUUUAUCGUGUGCUGGGCCCCGUUCUUCCUCCAUCUCAUUUUAAUGCUUUCUUGCCCUCAGAACCUCUACUGCUCUUGCUUCAUGUCUUACUUCAGUAUGUACCUCAUCCUCAUCAUGUGUAAUUCCGUGAUGGACCCUCUUAUAUAUGCCUUCCGCAGCUGGGAGAUGCGGAAGACGUUUAAGGAGAUUAUUUGUUGCCGUGGCUUCCGAGUCGCCUGCAGCUUUCCCAGAAGGGAUUAAGUGCAAAGUGCUCCUCUCUCUGGCUCUGUUCUCCUUUGUUUGCUCACCUAUGACAAAGCGACAGCCAAGGGGUAGGCGGGAGUGCCUAGCAUCCCCUUUCUCUCUUUACCAGCUCAGGCAUGGGCCUAAGAGGCUCUGUCUGUUCAGUUCCUGGUGAUUGCGUCCAACAUGCAAGGGUUGUUUAUCCACUCUGGGAACAGUCAUGACAAUUUCUUACUGUCCUUUGUGUCCUAUGGUUUCUACUGCUCCCACCCAUUUCUGGGGGCCCCAACCACCCUCCACCUAGCAGGCAUGUGCUCAGGGGACGCAGAGCACUCUGAGUGCAAGCCAGGCAUGAUGAAACACAGACUGUGACGGGAAGAAAAGUUCUGAUAUCCAGGUCAGGUGGAAUUGCUGCUUCUCCCCAGAAGCAGGUCCACACUCUGCUGGCUGCACUCUGAGCUACGCGUGCUUUUCAGGGAAGAUCAGAGCGGCCAGAUUCUUUCCAUCAGAAGGAGUCUGUCCAUUUGUUCUGAAAUGUCUUCUUUGCCCGCCUUGCCUGAACUUUUGAUUCAUGGCUUGUGUUCAUAAUUGUCCGAAUAAUUGUACUUCUG